UCCUCUGUUUCUGAGGCGGACCUCGCUUGAGCCAAUUGACGCGGAGCGGAACAGCUUGCAGCUUUCCAGCUAUGCGCAUGCGCUGUAGGAACGAGGGAGUUCCGCGGUGACGGAUUGCGUUGGAUGCCGGCCAAGACAUGGCGGGGGUCGGAAUCCAGGGGUGCCUGUCGAUGGACACCUUUACUCAGGUAGCUGAAGCUGGCAUCUCCAGCCCCCAGUUCACAGCUCUUUGCUCCUGGCUAGUUUCAGAGCUCCGAGCCCUUUGUCCGCUGGAAGAGGACGUGAAUCCCACUCGUGGUCCUGCAGAUGCUGAGACGUUCCAGAUUGAAGUGAGCGGCCUUCUUGGUGAGCUGCGUUGUCCCUACUCGUCACUGACCACGGGGGAUGUGACAGCCAGGCUCAGCACCCCAGACCGCUGCCUCCAGCUCCUGUACUUUUUGAGCUCAGAGCUCCUUGCGGCCCGGCUCCAGGCUCGGAAAAGGCCCCGUUCACCACCAGAGCAAGACAACAGAGCUGGUGAAGUGGUGAGCGAGCUCCAGCACAUCUGCCAAGCCCUGGGAAUGCCUGAACUGGAUCCAGGCUGCCCCAUCCGUCAGGCCAUGACUGACAUAGAAGCCAAGAUUUCGGGGUUACUUUCUGCACUACCCACUGAGCACCAGGAGAUGGCGCCACUCCUUAAGGUCCCGCUGACAUCUGAUGCCUGGGAAGCAUUGGAAGGCAUCCACAAAGCGCUGCUGACAGAGUAUCAGUGCCGCCGACACAUGAUGAUCACCCGUUUCAAUGUCACCGUUGAGUCUUUCCAUUGGUCUGAGAGGGCAAAGGACUGUAGUGCGGCCAUGUCCAAGGCCUUUAGACCCUUGCGGCAGUCCUUGCUGGCAGAUUCUCAGGUCACCCUUCCCCAUCUGCUGGCGGCUCGGGAGGAUUUCUCGCGUGUUGUCAAGACCAGCAGCGGAGCCUCACGGGACAAAACGUGCUGUGCCAUCAACAAGGUGCUGAUGACCGGUAGCGUCCCAGACCGGGGUGGGCGUCCAAAUGAGAUCGAGCCCCCUAUGCCCAUGUGGGAGAAGAGGCGAGGAGGAGGAGGAGGCAGCCACCAACGAUGGGGCAAACAGGGCAAGAAGAAGAAAUAGCAUGGGGAUUCUGGACCCCUCCACUGUGGGAUGUGGUCAGAACUCCUCUAGCUUAAUGCAGGGAACAGGGUUUAGGAAGUAAACUGCAGAGAGGGGAAGGAGCAGGUUUUUCUUUUCUUCUCAAUUUUGAUUGGCUGAGCCGUUGACUAGAGGCUGUGGCUGACCCUGUCAAAGAUGGUUUCAGUGUUGCCUUUCCCCAGGACUGGGGAAAAUGCAGCUUUAAAAUAAGUGUGUUGAGUUCGAUAUAAGAGAGCGGAGGGGUGUGCACCUGUGGAGAAGUCUCCUGCUUCCUUUUUCUAAUUGCUUUAGAGCUGUCAGACCGAUGCUUGCAUUGUCGGCAUUACAGCUUGGUGCCAGGUGAACUGCUCUUUUGGAGCAGUGGUGGAGAAGAUCUGUGGCCCUCCAGAUGGUGUUGGACUCCCACUUCCCAUCCACCCCAGCCAGCAGGGCCAUGUGCAGGCAUGAUGGGAGUUGCAGUCCAGCAGCAUCUGAAGGGCCACCAGGUUCCCAUCCCUGUUGUAGAUAACACAAAACCUACAGAACAGAAGUUGGCGACAGUCUGGAUUUCUCAAGAUUUGUUUUGGGGCUUUAGCUAGUGAAUUUGGGGGUCAGGCAGCUGUCCUUUCUGGGGCAUAGGGGGCAAUAUUUAUGAAGAAUCCAUCCAUACCAUCUUUAAGUCUAGUGGAACAGUAUGUAACCAGACAACACAGGAAAACAAUUCCUUUGGACUUUUUAAAGCCACACAAACUCCUCUGUAGCUUAUCCUCUGAAUUAUCUACAUGGGGGCACAUUGUAACAGCCGAAGAGAUUAUAUGGAGUUUUGGUUUAAAUCAAGUAAUAUUUGCCCCACAAGCCCUGUUUUGAAGGGGUAGGACUGAAAUUGCACGGCUGGGUUCAGUGUAACCCUGAGAUUAAAUUUUUUCCCCUUGUAAUUCAAA